UUUGUCAUGAGGGUUAACUGUUGGCAUUUAGGCAUUCAUAUAAAAGUUCAAGGCCGAGUCAAUCACGGGAGCAAAAUAUAUGGUAAGAACAUUUUAAGUUUUUAUUGUUAUUAUUCUUUUGUGAUAAGAGGUUAUGAGUUUAAAUAAUGAAAAUCUCUUUGCAAGGGCAGGGAAGAUUGUGUAUAAAUAUGAUUUUCCCUUAACUCUCAUAAAGCGUAGAGCCUCUUGUACGAGGCACCACCCUUUUUGUUCUUUCCAGGUGUUGUUUGGCUUCAGGUAGACUCUGAAUCUAUGUAUUAUUAGUUAAAGACUGUAACAUCGUUGUGAAGCACUGCCAGUCUUCGAUCAGAAUACACAACUCAAGAUGGAUGUGCAACUGUGCAAUUGUCAAUCAGAAAUAUCAUACACUAGUCGAGUUUUCUAGCGAUGCCAUUAGCUAUGAUUUUCUUAAAAUUUAUAGUUGUCACUACAAAAUAACAGAGACUACAUCUAAAAAUUAAAAUAACAAUUUUUGGUUCAGUUUUGAAGAUAAUAGUUCAGUUUUCAACCAAAUAAAUUAAAUUUAUAUCAAUUAAUGCAAAUAUCUUCAAGAUCUAGUAUAUUUAAAAAAUUGUUGCGACGUAUAAAUACCGCUAUAUAUAGUUAUAAGUACUUAAUUUUCUAAUUUUAGUUUUUGUUUGAUUGCUUGAUCUACCAAAAUUUAUAUUAAUCUGAUUGUUUUGGUCAAUUCAUUUAUUUCAGCUAAUAUGGUUAGAUUGAUUUUUUUUUUUUUUAAUUUGGUUCAAACUGAUUCUAUCAUCAGUUAAUUUAAUUAAUUUGUUUUAAUCUUCAAACACUUUCAUCACCAAUCAAGAUAAUUUCUCCCUUACUUGUUCCUUGUGGUUGUUCUAGGAAAAUAAUUGAAGUUUUCUUUGUUAUAUUUUUAUAGAUGAUAAUGGGCGGGAUGAAGAUACACUCUUCUAUUUAAAAAAUUACUCAAUUUUAUGUAUUCACUAUCUUGUACGUGGGAAAAUAUAAUUGGGCUUUGAUAUCACAUCGAUAUCCCAAAUUAUGUUGUAUAUUUUUUUCCUUGAUUACUGAUUAUGAUAACUAUAAACGAUGACUUGGUGUAGAAAGUAAGUUUUCAUCUGUUUGAUGCUUUCUAACUGGGGUGUUACACUUGCUAUAAACUGAUGGUUCCUUUAGUUGCUAGUUUGCUCUUUUUUUUUUUUUUUUUUCCUUAUGUAUAAAAAAAGGUCGUAUUUUGUCAAGUAAUUUCUGUUUAGUCGUAUUUUGUUAAAUUCUUGUAUAAUGAAUAUUAUCAAUAAUGUUAUUUUUAAAAAAAAUCAAACAACAAGAUCAUGAUGCUCUUUUUAGUGCAAUUUCCGGAAAAGAAAACCUGAAUUGUCCAAAACAUCAAUUUCCAUGUAAUAAAAAAACUACACAUAACUCAAGUCGUUGAGAACACAAGCGGCGACAUGUUUUCAUUUUGGGAGAGAAGAAGCACAAAACCCUGACGCCACAAGCAGACAAAGUAUCGAUCAAUUGAUUAGGCGAAGAGAUUGAUUUUGGAGAACAGGGAGAAGCGAUUGAUUGAAUUCAGAGAGCAGGUAGAAGUGAUUGAUUGAAUUGCAGAGAGAGAAAGAGAUGGGGAAGAAGAAGAAGAGAGCCUUGCUGAAAGUGUGGUGCUAUUACUGCGACAGAGAGUUUGAGGACGAGAAGAUACUGGUGCAGCACCAGAAAGCCAAGCACUUUAAGUGCCAUGUCUGCCUGAAGAAGCUUUCCACAGCCAGGGGCAUGGUCAUUCAUGUCCUCCAGGUUCACAAGGAGACUGUCUCCAAGGUGCCUAAUGCAAAACCUGGUAGAGAAUCAACUGACAUUGAAAUCUACGGGAUGCAACGGAUCCCACCUGAUAUCUUGGCAUCUCAUUAUGCGGAGGAAGAAGAUGAUGUUCCAUCAAAAUCAGCAAAACUGGAGGUUGCUUCAUCUGUCAUGCCAGGGUCAUUAGGCAUUGGCUUUCCUCCUCAGUCAACUUUAGGCUUGAUGCAGCCAGUUUACAAUCCUGGGUUAGCAAUGCCUCCUGCUGGUUGGCCGGCUCCUCCUCGGCCCCAACCUUGGCUCCUACGGCAUCCAGCUGUUUCAGUUCCUCCUGCACCAUUAGUUCAACAGCCUCUAUUUCCUGUACAGAAUGUGCGCCCACCUGCACCAUAUGCUGUACCAUCUGUACCUCAACCGACUUUUCCUGUCACUCUUCCAGGACUGCCCCAAGUUCCUCCCGCUCCUGUCUCACAACCAUUGUUUCCUUUUGUUGCCAAUAACAGUGUACCCGCCCAAAGUUCUCCAUUUUUUAAAGCUAUCCCCUCUGCAAGUAUCCUGUUAAGCUCUCCUGCUGCAUUCAAAAGGUCAUUUGAUGCCAACAACAAUGCUUCUUUGGCAAAUAAUUACCAGUUGCCUGGAAUUCAAGGUGGGGCAUCAGUCAAUUCACAUUGUUAUGCUUCUGGUCCAAGUACUGGUACUCCAUCAAUUGGACCUCCUCCUUUAAUUGCAAACAAAGCCCCUGCAUCCCAGCUAACUGCAAAUGAAGUCUAUUUUGUUUGGGAUGAUGAGGCAAUGUCAAUGGAGGAAAGAAGAAUGUCAUGGCUGAUGUAUCAGGUGCAUGAUGAAACUAGCCAGGUAAUUAGUUUUAUUUCCAAAGGAAAUGGAGCUGCUUUGUUCAUCUAAAGAGAUGGGUAGGUGUUAUAUUCCAUGUGUCAGAUUCAGUUGUUUACACGUUGUUACUUGUUGAUAAGGUACCAUUAUAUGUUUUUUCUCUAUUCACGUAAAAGGGGAAAAAAUAGACUUCUAAAAAUGAGUGAGCCUUCCCACACAUUGCUUUUGGCUUUCUACUCCAUUUAUUGACGGCCAUGUACCUUUUCCCCUCAUGGAAACUCGUACACCAUAUUAUUACCCAUCAAAGGUUCAUGUUGGUAUUUAUGUUUUUGCUGGUAGUUAGUAAUUACAAUACUGACAAGACAAGUUUGCUAUUAUGAACUGGAUAAUGCUCCAAUCUAGCAUUGUACUCCGUUAAUAAUAAUGUAUGUAUUAUGAAUUGGAUAAUGCUCCAAUCUAGCAUUGUACUCCGUUAAGAACCGUGUAUGUACUUCUUGGAUACGUUUACUUGAUUUACUGUUGUAUAUUCCUCUUAUGCCUGAGUUGAAGUCUAGGGAUAGUGUGGAGCAAGAACUUACUGAACAGAAAUUUUGUCCAUUGAUGUGGUCAAUUCAAAUAUUAUUUUUAUGACUGAACAAAUGAACAGUGAAUUCAAAUUUGACCCAGGUCAGCCUUUUUUGCAAGUCUGAUACCUCUUGUAUAGAAGUAAAAGCUAAAAUACAUGGUCUCUCCCUUCCAUCUUCUCUGUUGUAAUGUUUGCAUCACGGUUGUGUGUCUCCCAGAUGAGCUGAAUUGAUGCAGCCAUCGACGGAAGGAUAUUGGAGAGUGGGCUUGCUGGUCGGAUGGCUUUCUAGAUUGGCUUAUUGGGUCAUUUCUGCAUGUCUGCAACAUUUAUCCAGAUAUUUAAGGGUGGAAUCCGUUCAAGGAGAAGUCCUAUAUCUGUAACGUCCUGGCGAUGUCUUUGUCCUAGCUCUUGAUUUGUUUGUUUCAUUUUCUUAGAAGAAAUGGGUGUUGGCUCGGUUGCAUUCUUUCAACCAUUAGCCACCAGUCUGAUAUGGUGGGCCCAUCUAUCUUGGGAUCUUUGUAAUUUUGAGGAACUCUGUGAGGAUAUGGCAUUUGAGCUUGAACUAUACUGCUUGUGAGAAUUAUUUAUGAGCAUUUUAGAGUUUGAUGACACUUUGUUCUAUGCUUUCACUCCCAUUCGAGGGGAGAUAUGGUUUUAAGGUUUGUUAUUAGAAAUACUUAAAACAUUUGAAAUCAUUUGCAUUA